UCACGUUUGUGGUAGCCAUGUUGCGAUUGCCAUUCACGAUAAAGACAGCAUUCCAGAGGUGUCUGUACAAGCCUUUGAUUGGCUACAGCCAAGGUCACGUGACAUCAAGGUUGUUAAGCACAUCUGGUGUAAAACUUCGAGCAGAAGGACCAGAUCCCCUGACGCAGGAGUAUGAUGCUGUCGUUGUUGGUGCUGGCCACAACGGACUGACUGCAGCAGCCUAUCUUCAAAAGGCGGGCCUGAAGACUCUUGUCUUGGAGAGGAGGCAUGUCAUAGGAGGCGCUGCUGUCACUGAGGAGAUUGUGCCAGGGUUCAAAUUCUCAAGAUGUUCCUAUGUUCUGAGCUUGUUGCGUCCUGAAAUAUACAAUGAUCUGGAACUCCAGAAACACGGUCUGAAGGUGUACUUCCGACGAGGCAGUGCUUACACGCCAAUCCUUGAAGAACCAGGGCCAAGCGGCACUCCACGCUCACUCUUGCUGAGCAAUGAUGCUAAGGAUACCUUCAGUCAGAUUGCACAGUUCUCAGAAAAAGAUGCUAAGGAGUAUUUCAUUUACACGAAGCUGAUCGAGGAAAUAGGUGUUGCUAUUGAGCCCCUGCUGGAUGCCAGUCCAGUCAAUCUGUCAGCUCUUGGCAAGGGAUCUUUUAAAGAAAGAAUGGAUAUGUGGCCUGCCAUCAAAGCACUGUUAAAGACUGGCUCAUUCCUUGGCAAGAACCUUCCCAUGUUCUAUGAGCUGAUGACUGCUCCAGUGGCCAAGAUUCUGGACCGUUGGUUUGAGUCGGAACCUUUGAAGGCCACACUUGCAACGGACUGCAUCACUGGUGCCAUGGUGUCUCCCAGAACUCCAGGAAGUGGGUAUGUGUUGAUUCACCAUGUGAUGGGAGAGAUUGCUGGUGUGAAGCAUGCCUGGGCGUUUGCUGAGGGGGGCAUGGGUGCCGUCUCCAGGAGCAUUGCCAAUGCUGCUGAGGCCCAUGGAGCCACCAUUCUGACAGAAAAGCCGGUGAGUACAGUGCUGUUAGAUUCUGAUCAGAGGGCCUGUGGAGUUGUCUUAGAGGACGGGACUGAAGUCCGCAGUAAGAUGGUGCUGUCCAAUGCAACGGCCAGAAUCACCUACUUGAAUCUGACCCCUGAGGAAGCUCUACCCAAGGAAUUCAUUGAGGAGGUCCAAGCCAUUGAUUACACUUCCCCAGUCACAAAGAUAAAUGUGGCUGUAGACAGGCUGCCAAAUUUUGCAGCAAACCCAAAUGUGCCUUCCCAAGAGCCUGGCGCCCACCACACGGCCACCAUCCAUCUCAACUGCGAGAAUAUGGACUUCAUCAAUGACUCGUAUGAACCAUGCACCAGGGGCGACAUCCACCGGCGACCCAUUAUAGAGAUGACUAUACCUUCUUCAAUGGAUCGUACCAUUGCUCCUGAGGGGUGUCACGUUGUGACACUAUUCACCCAGUACACUCCGUACCACUUGGCAAAUGGAGAAGAGUGGGAUGACAAGAAGAAGAAUGAAUAUGCCGAUUUAGUUUUUGACAACGUUGAAGACUACUGCCCUGGUUUCAAGUCCAGUGUUGUUGGCAGAGAUAUACUACCUCCGCCUGACCUGGAGCGCAUUUUUGGACUGACUGGAGGGAAUAUCUUCCACGGUGCCAUGUCCUUGGACCAGCUGUAUUUUGCCAGGCCGGUUCCAUCAUGUAGCAGUUACCGGUCCCCAGUUGAGGGCCUGUAUCUCUGUGGUAGUGGCGCCCAUCCAGGAGGUGGCGUGACAGGGGCACCUGGACGUAAUGCAGCCUAUGUUGCUAGCAGAGAUCUCAAGAAACGAGCUGUAAAUAACUAAUGUGCUUACAGCACAGUCUUCUCACCCAGAGAACGGUGUUAUGCCGUGGAUCAUGUCACCUUGCUGAUUCAGCAAAGAUGUAAAAUUUGCUCUCUUAUUGAAGGAACUGUGAUCUACCUCACAACAAAUUGGCAGUCUAUUUAUGAAAAUUAUUGCGGGGAUGUGUGCGGGUCAGCAUCUUAAAGCAGUAUUCAAGCUCUGUCUGACCAGUUUUGUCAGACACGCGAAAUCCUGAAAUAAAAUUAACAGUUCAGCACAAUCAGGGUCAUUGGAAUUAACAAUACCUUUAGUUAUCAGUAUUUGUCAUGCAUUGUUGGCAUGAGCAUUUUACAACAGUUUCAAAGGACUGCUGUAGCAUAGUACAUCUGACAAUCUGACACUGUCUUAACCACUUGAUGCCAGAUGGCAUUUAAACACCCAUACUUUUCCUUAUUUGUUCACGGAGGACGUGCACACUCGUUUAAGAAUUCUGUUUUUAUUUCCGCGGUUGAUAUACAUGUAUUAGCGCGUUGUGCUUGGUUGGGUCAAAGCACAAUUGCAAUGUUGAAGAAUUUGAGGGUAAACAAACCUGCCUCCAGCAGCUUUUUCAGAUAAGAAAAUCUGACAUUAACUGGUUAGUAAGUGCAACCACAUUUAGUGCAAGUUUUCUUCCACAAUAGAUUGUAUUCAAGGAUCCCCUUGAGAGAACAGUGACAGUGAUGAUUGGAGGUUUGGAA